AUGUCACCAACUCAUUACGAAACGGCGAACCUGAUCAGAUCUAUAUACACAACAAGCGUAUACCCGCAACCAAAUAUCACAUCCUACGAAUCCAAUGGCACAUCAACACAUCUUGAAACAGCAGAACCCUCUAGUGAGAACACAGUUCACACAACCCCAACGAUGACCAGACUCGCGCUCAUCUUGGUCUUAAUUAUCGCAAUCUCUGCAUUUAUCUGGUAUCGUUACCAUAAGACAUGGGCCGCCUGGCACAAAAAAUAUAGGGAAGCGAAGGAAGCGAAAGAGGCGAAGAAAGCUAUGCAAGCAAAGGAAACUGCAGAGUUGGAGAAAGCAGUGGAAGAAUCGAGAACGAGCACUUCUAAAGGCAAAGAUUCUGCUCCAGUCAUAUGUAUUAGUGUCUCGGUAUCAACUUUUGAUACCUCAAUUUAA